AAAGAGACGUCAAGCACCUGGCAUAGACGGAACCGCUUACGAGGAUAUUCUUUCCUUUUUUUGUUUGCUCUCUGUGCUCAUCGAAAUCCAUUUUCUCCAUGGGCGGUAAUGUAAUGACCAUCAUAAAGCAUAAAUUAAAGGAGGAUUUCUAGUAGUUGUACUGAAUCCACUAUACUCCAUUGUAGAUGAGUUUUGUUAUUGUAGUGAGAAUGCCAUUUUCGAGUCCUUGUUCGAGUUUACAGCAAAUUAACCCGCAAAAUCCGAAUCUGCCCUUAAGUUUAAAUACCAAAACUUCAAAUUUUUUAACCAAUUGGCCAUUGUCUCACAGUACUCGCCUUCCACUUCAGGUGGGUACUCAAAGAGGAGCAAGCUCUUCUGGUUUAACAUUGAAAAACAUUAAAUGGCCAUCACCUGAUGAUGAAAUUCCCUUCUGGGAAAAAAGCAUUACUUCAUCUGAUGUCAUUAUAGAAGAACCUUCAAGUGUAGACAAGGAUUCAGAAUCCAUUCAUAUAGUUCAUGUUACGGCUGAAAUGGCCCCUGUCGCAAAGGUGGGUGGUCUUGGAGAUGUGGUAACUGGACUUGCUCGGGCAUGUUUGUCUCGUGAUCAUACUGUGGAUGUUAUGCUUCCUUUCUAUGAGUGUCUUCCAAAGCAGCAGAUAACUGAAUUAAACUUAAUCUGCACAUAUAACUCAUACCACGAUGGUGAUUGGGUGCCAACAAAUGCUUAUCGUGCAAUGGUUACAGGUAUCCCCAUCAUUUUAAUUGAACCAAGCAAUCGUUUCUUUAAAGGCCAGAGAAUAUAUGGAGGUUCGUAUGAUGAGCUGGAGGCAUAUUUGUUUUUCAGUCGUGCAUGCCUCGAGUACAUGCAGGUUACUGGUACACAACCAGAUAUAAUUCAUGUUCAUGAAUGGCAGACAACUGCGCUUCCCUUGCUUUAUUGGGACAUGUACCAUCUACUCUCACUUAAGAAACCAAGAAUAGUAUUGACCAUCCACAACAUCGAACAUUAUGGAGAAUGCCGAAAAGAGCAAUUUGGUAAGUGCGGUCUUGAUGGAGAUUUUUAUGCGACUAUUGACAAGGCAGUCGAUGAAAGAACUAUUGGGCAUAAUCCAGAGCGGUUGAGUUUGCUCAAAGGGGGUAUUGUGUACAGUAAUGCAGUUGUUACAGUUUCACCUUCCUAUCUCAAGGAAACACUUAACGCUGGUUGGCUUUCGAGUACUCUAAUCAAAUAUCGUGAAAAGUACAAUGGUGUUUUGAAUGGCAUAGAUACUACCUUAUGGAACCCUGCUACUGAUCCGUUCCUUCCAGCUAAGUUUGAUGCACAAAAUCUUGACGGGAAGGCCAUAUGCAAAGAGUACAUCCAAAGAGGCCUUGGGCUUCCUGCUAAGUCCGUUGAUCGUAAUACUCAUUUGAAAGACGAGAUACCUUUGGUUGUCUGCAUCACGCGGUUGGUUGCUCAAAAAGGUCUCCAUUUGAUCCGCCAUGCAAUUAAACAUGUUGAAGAUUUAGGUGGACAGAUGGUUGUACUGGGAAAAGCUUCAAAUAGCCAAGUAGAAAGGGAAUUUGAAGGCCUUGCAACUUUGCAUGACAAAGGUUCUAAUGUUCGGAUCCUCUUAAUAUAUAGUGAAGAGUUAUCACAUAUGCUUUAUGCUGCUGCAGAUAUGAUCUUGGUUCCUUCUAUAUAUGAGCCAUGUGGCCUUGCUCAGAUGAUUGGUAUGCGGUAUGGAGCGGUUCCUGUUGUGAGAAAGACAGGUGGGCUUGCAGAUACAGUUUUUGAUAUGGACGAUCAGUCUAACCAUGACAUUUCAAACGGGUUUGUUUUUGAAGGAAUUGAUGAAGGGUCAUUGAGUCGGGCUUUGGAUCGAGCAUUUGCAUUCUACGCGGAUAAACCAGAUGAAUGGCAGAUGCUUGUAAAGAAGAUCAUGCAAAUCGACAAUAGUUGGAAUAACGCGGCUGCACAAUAUGUAUCUAUCUACAACUCCGUGAGGGCACUUUGUUGAAAAUAUCGACAACAACUUCACCUGAAUAAAAUGUAUAUAAUAGUAUAGAAACUCGUGCGAUGUACGAUUAUAAAGUUAUAUAUAAAUAAAAUUUUAAAUGAAUAGUAAUAAAAUUUUAAAUGAAUAGUGCAAGUAUAUUGUAAAAAAUUCUGAAAAGUUUAAUGAAAUUACCUUUUGUUUAGAAAAAGCAACCACUACUUAAAAC